UUCCACCAAGCAAUACAAAAGUGCAUAGCUACUCUAGAUUAUUCCAAAUGAUAAUUCUUUUUUUUAAUCUUUAUCCUUUUAAUUUCCCUUCGGUCUACGUAUCAUCAAAAGAAUGCCACCUCAUUGCUUGCAACCAAUCCAAUUCUGUCUUCUCUCUCUCUCUCUCUGCUUAAUUAGCCGACGAUUGCUACAAAUACAGGAGCCCUCUUAACUGACUUCUACGCAUCAAAUAUUCACGAGGUUUCAACAAGGCGUUGAACAAAGGCCCUAGCUGGUGCUCUAGUACUUUUAAAUCUAGUUGAGCCAUGUCCAUCUCCAAAACUUUAGUUACUUCUGUUCUCAUCUAUCUCCUCCUUAUCCAUCUCAAUGAGGCUUAUCAGAUGGUGAACACUAAUGCAGCAAAGGAUUCUCUCCCCAAACAAAUCGAUUGUGGAGCAGCAUGUACUGCGAGGUGUCAGCUGUCGUCGAGGCAGCGUAUGUGUAAGAGGGCAUGCGGGACUUGCUGUGCCCGUUGCAACUAUGUUCCUCCUGGCACUUCAGGCAAUCAAGAGGUCUGUCCCUGCUACGCCAACAUGACCACCCACGCCAACCGACGCAAGUGCCCUUGAAACGUAUGUAUGGAAAUCAUGCCGUUUAUAUAUGAUGUAAAAUUAUGUACGUACUAAAAUAAUUAAGCAUAUCACUUUGUUACAAGUA